AAGAGAUGUGAAAUAUUCAUAUUUAAGUUAAAUUAACAGUUUAGGUAAGAGAUAUUUAUACAUAGAAUUUUAUUUGAAUAUAUAUAUCUAAAAAGCUACAUCAUAAUUGUUACUGAGUGAUUUAAUCGAGUCGUUAGGAAAAGACAUGGAUAUUCUAACUUUACCUAGCACACUUGAAAAUCAUAUAGCGAGAUUACGAAGUGAAGAAGAUCUUCAAGCAGGAUUGAUGAUUAUGUUGCAGGAUGGACAGACGGUCGUUAGAUUAUUUUCGGAGUUGAUGGCGAAUGAAGGCAGGUCAGUUAUUGUAGGAGAGAGAGAGUUGUUAUUCGUUCGAAACUUGAACGAUGUUAACAUUAAAAAGUACAAAACAACUUUAGAGAAAUUCAAAAAAGGACUGUUACCUAUUCAGGUGAAGCUUCGUGGGUUGCUUAUGAUUGUUCAGGCAAAUAUAGAAUCUAGUAGGGAGAAAACACAAAAUAGUAAGCGGGUCCUGAAUCAAAAACGUGACAGGUUUAAAUGUGUAGUUGAACUUGUACAAAAUGCGGAAAAAACAAUAGCCGGAUACGAGACAGCUGCCUCUAAUUACGAAUGCAAAGCCGACAACUUGGAAAAGUCAUCUAAUAAACAUAUUGGCAGAUCUGUAGCACACGCUGGAAUAGGUGUAUUUAGCGCAGUUCUCGCAGUCGGUGUCGGUGUAGCUCUUGCACCAUUUUCAGGAGGAGCAAGUCUUGUGGUAGGAGGUAUUGUUGCUGGCAGUAGUGUUACUGGGAAUACUAUUGCUCUGGGCAUUAAUGUUGCUGAAGCAGUAAAAUAUAGAGAAAAAGCUCAAAGGGCAAGAAACAACGCAGAUUCUGCUAGAUGUGAACGCAGUAAACUUAGAGACGAGAUGAACUCUUUGUUAACUGAGAUAAACCCUUUACAAAUGAUCAUUGAGGAAGCAAAAUUGCAGAAAAAAAACCUGGAGGCUCUUAGCAUGUUUUUGAACCGUUGUGACGAGUCGAUUUUAGUCUUGCUUCAAAACGUUCAGGAUGUUGAUUCCAUAUGUGAAAAAGUUUUUUGGCAAACAAACACACUGUCAAUUGCCAAAAGAGCAGAUAUGCGGUAUACGGGGAAGUAUGAACAUGGAAUGACAGUACUCACAGAAUUUAAGGGCAAAUGGAGGACGCUGACAAACGCUGUUUCUAUAUUACCCAUUGCCGAUGUACAAAGAAAUAGAGAUCGAGUAUUUGCACUGGGCUUAUAUCCAUAAGAACAGCGAGAUGACACAAAUUGUGCUCUUUAUACCGUUGAAAUGCUCAAGAUAACUUUUUAUUACCAAGAUGCUCCACACAAGCCUAACAAUGGAUCAACAAUAACAUAAAUGCGAUUUACACAUCAACCACGAGCUAAAUAUGUUUUGUACAAAUUAUCAACAACAUCAUUAAUGUAACUUACCCGUUAUAUCCCAACCACAACAUAACUAUAAUUCAAACUACAUAAAUGUAACGUAUACAGACAAAAGCAGUGGCUCAUACAAUACAUCAACUACGAUCUUGUAUCAUAGUUUGGAGACCUUUCUGUUGAAAAUGUGUCAGGGUUAAAUCGUAUACAUAUACAUGCACAGUGCGUUAACUGGAGUGCGGGUAUUAGUUACCCGCACUCAAAAGCAUGCCCAUCGAUUGGCUCAUUUUUGCUGGGGUUUACAUAUUGUGACGGCAGAGAAGGGAAAGCGACAGAAAUGUCAUAUUCAGAUGUUCGUUCAUUGGUUCAUUUUUGUCGGGGUUUCAUAUUGUCACAACAGGGAACGUGCUUUUAUGUUUGACUAUGAUACAAAAGAGAAAGAACACCAAAACACUCGGCAAUCUGAUUAAUACUCGGGGGCUACGCCCCCUCGUACAAAUCAGAUAGCCUCGUGUUUCGGUGCUCUUUCUAUUACUUAAUAUUAGUUUCACAAUAUGGUGACGGAAUACACGGAAGGAGAUAUUAUAUGUUAUUUUGGUUUUGGAGUGAUAUAUGUGGAUAUAUUACCUGGUAAGAUUUUAUAUCACCCGAGCCGUUAGGCUCGGGUGAUAUUUUAUCUUGGCAGGUAAUAUAUCCACAUAUAUCACUCCAAAACCAAAAUAACAAUUUUAUUACCCUUCCCAUGCAGAGUAAGAUUGUAUAUCGGAAUUUACACAGCGUAAAAUCGAACUGUACGCGCAUCGUGCAACGCAUGCUGUUAACAACGUGGGGUACCCAGCGGGUAUAUUUAGUGUGUAUAUUACCCGUCUAACUCGGUAAUAUCAAUUUCUUUCGACGGAUCAAUAUCCAAUCAAAAAGGUGGAAAAAUCUGGAAGGGUAAUAAAAAUAUUUAUGUCAGUAAGUCUAUAUUAUCCAGUGUGUGUCAUCAGCAGAUUGCAUAUCGAAUUUAUAAAUCUGUUAAUUGUUAGUGACGUUAAGUUAUUUAGAAAAGCUAGCAACUUUUGACUGUUUCAAAAAAUAGAAGCGCGGGAAAAGCGCAUGCGAAUAAUAUAAUGUUAGACGCUUAAAGUCUACGCCAAUGCUACACAUUUAAAAGUCAUUCAAGUAUAAGGUCACAAAAGCGAUUUAAAUUGUAACUGUUUGUUUUUUUAAUUAUUGAUCUUGGAAUUUAGAAAUAUGCCACAGAGAAGAAAACGCAAUACUUAAUUUUACAGACACAAUAAGUUAGUUACCAGUCUGCAAUGUAGAACAUAAUCAUUUGUGCGUGCUUUGGUUCUUUACAGCAUGUACGACGUCGCAUAAAAAGUGUUUGAGCCAAUACAUAUUCGAGAAAUUUAUUUGCAUUAUCAUUAUGUAUCUUAUACAAAACAUUUCAACAAAAAAACAUAGCUUAAACAGUACAUAAACAACGAAAUGAAUGUAGCUUCAAAAUCAAGCACAAAAUACCGUUACUGUUUAUUGUUAAUUUGAGAGAUCAACUGCACCGUUUGAUGUAUGAUGUAUGGUCUUAGUGACUUGUAACGUUAAUAUUAUUAUUGUAAAUUCGAUCACAUGCCUUGUUUGUUUUAUUGAGCACAUUCGCCUUGUUAAUACACGUACAUCUCUACGUCUGUACAUAUUCAUUUAUUUCUGUUGCAGAUAAUUGUUUUCAAAGCAUAAACAUUGUUUGUAGUUUUUGCCUGAAUAAAAUGAUUAUUAUCAUCAACAAGCUGCUAUUCUUUAUAGAAAUACUUAUAUAUUUUAGAGCCUAUGGACGUUUGUUGAGCAGUACAUACUUAUUAGGAUAUAGGUUAAAAUCCC